AUAAAUGAAUAAAAAAAUAAUAGGAAUUAGAAUGGACAUCGUCUUAAUCAAAACCACCGUCAACCACCCAAAGGAUGCCCCACCACCACGCUUGACGUAAUGCAGAAAUUGCCUGCCUCUUUCAGGGAGGGGGGGAAUUCCUCCAGGGAAGACUAGAGUAUAAAAUGACAGCCCAUCACGAAGACACGACACCUCCUUCGGGCCCUGGCAACCCUCAGCAUCAGUGGCAGCUCGACAAGAUCUUCCCUUCAGCGCGUCAUGCCCUCUAAACUUAAUCUAGUGCUGCUCUCUGCAGUGAUGCUGGCCGCUCUGCAGCCGCGCGCCUCCGGUGCUCCGCUGGAAGACGCGUUUACGGACAGCCCGGCGGGGGACACUUCAGGUGAGGAGGGGGAGGAAGAGUCCCCUCAGUCGACGACCAACCCCUACUCUCGUUUCGCUUUCCUGAACGACCGUCACAAGCAGGAGUUUGAAGCAGAAUUCCAAGGUGAACAAUACAGCCGCCUGCACUCCCGCAGUUCCCCCCUGUUCCCGGAGAAGUGCCCCGCCUCCAACUUCAGCAAGGAGGCUUGUCUCCACAGGUUGGCCCAGGGCCUCCUCACCUACAAAGUUCUCCUCAAGCACGUGGAGAAGGAGUACCCCAACAGUCAGAUCCUCCAGGAAGUCAGAGGACUCUCCACCAUGCUGUACGAUCAGGUUAUGAAAAAGAUGAAAAACAAGAAGCGGGUCACGCCGCCGACCACGGCCGAGGAGGAGCAGAUGCUGAAGGACAUCGCCUCGCCCAAAGAUCCCUUCGACAGGAAGAUUAUGGCACACGCCAUCCUGCACUACCUCGCCAACUUCGCCUUCGACGGCAAAAGAGCCAUCGACAGAAGGGAGAGGCUCAGAUCGAUGGGAAUAUGGCACAGCGCUUAAACCAAACGUAGAAAGAAAAAAAUGAUAAAGCAACUGUUACAAAUGAUUAUCUCAGGGAAACUAGGUGUUAGUAACACCCUUACUCUUGUCAGCAAGUGCACCGACAAAGUGUGAGUGCGAUGGGUUUGCAGCUAUCCACUGUAUGUACUAUGUAUUCAGUAUUGUAAGCAUGUGGGCUUUCUUUGCCCAGUUUUUUUUUUUGUUUUGUUUUUUAACUUAUUUUACCUAUUUAUACACAGCUAUUUAUUGGAGAAAAAUCUGUGAUUGUAGGAUUAACUUGAGCAGCAGAUGGAAACGUAUCAGAACAUCAAUGGCUGUCCAUUUUUUUAAAAAGAACUAUUUUGUAGUAAUUAUAUUGAAUAUUUAUUUAAAAGCUAAAGCUAGUGCACAUUUUCAUGAUGUCUUUGAUGUACACGCUCCUGUGAACGGGGCAACAUUGUGUAUGCACACGGAGAUAAAUAAAAAAAAACAUGAUUUGAUGAGAAACUUUUGUCGCGUCUACUACACUUGGCAGAUUUUCAAGGCUGCAUUUGGAGGCCGAUCAGAUUCUGACCGGUCUCCUCGUGCGUGCGCAUUUAUGUUCAAUGGAAAAUGUGACAUGAAGUAAAUGAUCUAUGAAUCACUGCUAUUACAUUACUGAAGGUUCAGUGGAAGAAGGCCCUUUAAGGACAGUUCCCGUAUUUUUUGAACAACCACUUGACUGGUUGAAAUGUAAAC